CCCCCGCUCUCGCCUCAGCGGACCGUGGGGUCGCCGUGCCGCCGUCGCUGCGUCCUCCCGGUGGUCGUCAGGCCCGCCGCCCCGAUGAAGCGCCGGGACGACCCCGCCUCGCGACUGGGCCGGGCCCCGGGCCGCGGCGCCAAGGAUCCGGCCGUCGUGCACUCGCCGCCGCCGCCGCCGCCGCCGCCGCCGCUGCCGAGGCAGGCGCCGCCCCGGCAGCCGCCGCCGCCGCCCCCUCCCCGGCCCCGGGGCGGCGGCGGGGGCGGUGUGGGAGGCCCCCGGGGCGGCGGCGGAGGAGGAGGAGCCCGCGGCGCGGCGCCCGGCCCGCAGCCGCCGCCCCUCCUGCCGCCGCCGCCGCCCGGGCCGGACGCGGGGGUGGGCCCCGCCGCGGCCCCGGCCCCGACCCCGCUGCUGCCGCCCUCCGCCACGGCCGCCGCCGCCGCCGCCGCCAGGAUGGAGUCCGAGAACAAGUACCUGCCCGAGCUCAUGGCCGAGAAGGACUCGCUGGACCCGUCCUUCACGCACGCCAUGCAGCUGCUGGCCGCAGAAAUCGAGAAGAUCCAGAAGGGGGAAUCAAAGAAAGAUGACGAGGAGAACUACCUGGACUUGUUUUCUCACAAGAACAUGAAACUGAAGGAGCGGGUUCUCAUCCCUGUCAAACAAUAUCCAAAGUUCAACUUCGUGGGGAAGAUUCUCGGCCCUCAAGGGAACACAAUCAAAAGGCUGCAAGAGGAAACAGGGGCUAAGAUCUCGGUGCUGGGCAAAGGCUCGAUGAGAGACAAGGCAAAGGAGGAGGAACUUCGCAAAGGCGGGGACCCCAAAUAUGCCCAUUUAAACAUGGAUCUGCAUGUCUUCAUUGAAGUGUUUGGACCUCCUUGUGAGGCCUACGCCCUCAUGGCACAUGCCAUGGAAGAAGUCAAGAAAUUCCUUGUGCCGGACAUGAUGGACGACAUCUGCCAGGAACAGUUUCUGGAACUGUCGUACUUGAAUGGGGUCCCCGAGCCCACCCGCGGGCGAGGGGUGCCAGUGAGAGGACGAGGGGCAGUUCCCCCCCCUCCACCUGUCCCCAGGGGACGAGGCGUGGGACCACCUCGGGGCGCCCUGGUGCGUGGGGCCCCCGUGAGAGGGGCGCUCAGCAGGGGUGCCAGCGUGGCCCGCGGGGUGCCGCCCCCUCCAGCCGUUAGGGGAGCACCUGCCCCCAGAGCCCGUGCCGCAGGCAUCCAGAGAAUACCUCUCCCUCCGCCCCCAGCUCCAGAGACUUACGAAGACUAUGGAUACGAUGAUACGUAUGCCGAACAGAGCUAUGAGGGCUAUGAAGGCUACUACAGCCAGGGCCAAGGGGACUCAGAAUAUUAUGACUAUGGACACGGGGAGGCACAAGAUUCCUACGAAGCUUAUGGUCAAGAUGACUGGAAUGGCACCAGGCCUUCCCUGAAGGCACCUCCAGCCAGGCCGGUGAAGGGAGCAUACAGAGAGCACCCGUAUGGACGCUAUUAAAAACAAACAUGAGGGAAAAAUAUCAGUUAUGAGCAAAGUUGUUACUCAUUUCUUGUAUCUCCCAGGAUUCCUGUUGCUUUACCCACAACAGACAAGUAAUUGUCUCAGUGUUUUUCUUCGUGAUCCUCUCUCUCCCCACCCAGCCUCUCUCCCUCCCUCUCCCCCCGCCCCCCUCUCCGUCCCCCCCCCCCCGCACUCUGGCUUCUGUACGUAGUAUUUCCAAAAAAAAUGAGUUAAAAUAGAUUUAGGAAUAUCGAAUUUCGAGUGUGUAGAUGCUUUUUUCUUUGUUGUUUAACUCUCGAAACAACUGUACCUUUUUAUAACAAAAACAAAAGUUGAGUUUCAAGACUUGUUAGUUUCCAAAGUGACAUUGCUUGCUUAAGGGUUCUGGACUUGAGGUUUGUUUACCAUUCUCUCCGUUUCGGUCUGAGGCAACCCGAAAAGGCGUAGUUGCAGGAUCCCAAACUAGGCUACAUUUCAAAAUUCAGGGCUGAUUUUAAGAUUUAAAAGUCAUAAAGUGAUAACGGUAAUAGGGGCCACCGUGUAAAAGAAAGCUCAGUUGUCAAAACCUAUUUCCUUAAAAGCAUAUGGCGGUUGAAUCUUAAGUUUUAAAUUUUAAUACGAAAGAUCCUCAUGAAUUAAAUAGUUUGUGUGUGGUUUUUCUUUUUUUUUAUAUAAAAAAAGAGUUAAUUGAUUAAAACAACAGCAGCAAAUUAGGUGUGUAAAAUUGACUUUUUCCACAUGUGGGUUUUGAAAUCUAGCCCCAAACCGUACAGUGUUGAGAGAUACUUCGGAAGCAGGCCCCGGAAAGGAGUUGGGAGGGAGGCAGCUGAACGGAGGGCGUAGCGCUCUUCGGCCGCGGUUCAAUUUGAAACCACGACGUCGGAUAAUCCAGUAUUUGACACGAGACGGUCAAGUAUUACAUUCGGGGUUGGCGGUCCCCGCGACCUCCGCGCGCUGGGGCCGAAAACGAUUCGGGCGUUUUAAGCAAAUUGAACACCGGGUCCAGAUUGACCCUUCCAAGUGGCCUGUUCAAGUAUGUCUCAACACUAGCGUUACAUAAAAAGGGACACUGCAGCUGAAAGAAAGGAAAAAAAAAAUCCAUUUUGUACAUAGGCUAAAGUCCUAAUUGGAUUGGUACUGUCCUCCCUUUUUUGUUCUUGAAGAUAAAUGCUACAUGUGUAAGUCUGCCUAAAUAGGUAGCUAAAACUUAUGUCAAAAUGUCUGCAGCAGUUUGUCAAUAAAGUUUAGUCCUUUUUUAAUCAAGGUAAAUGU